AUGUCUGCCCAACAAUUUAUCCUUUUGAACCAAUAUCUUGUCACUGCGAUCCGACAUGCAGCACUAUGGACCCAAUUGAACCUUCAGCCGUCACUUACUAUCAAGCCUGCACAGUCUCCAAACACUUGUCUUCUAGUUGUAUCCUUGAUUGCUGUACCGUCGUCUGUCACCAACAAGAAAACAUCGACUCAUCGUCUGGGCAAAGACGUGCCAUUUAGUCAUCUGAAGCCUCCAGAGGGCUUGCCUCAUUGGACUUUCGAUGAGAUACACUUAGCACUUCACAUCACUUCCCCUCUGCCAAGUUCUACACCAAACGACGAUUCCAUGCUCUUUGAGGAUUCAACAUUACUCGAACAUCAAGCAGACUCUAGCUCACCUUCAACAUCCGAGCUCGUUGGUGUAGAUCAUUUCAUUGAUCUGAUCGAUGCAGCACUUCGGCUUGCAUUGACAGAUCUCUCCACAAAGGCUCUCACAGGUAAAAAGAUCACAGAGAAAUCAUCCUUCAAGCAUCUCGAUGAUAUUUGUCCUGCCAUGUGGAGCCCCGGUCAUCUCGAGGCUCUUGCUUCGAGGGCAGUUUUUCUACCCACCAUCAGCCACGCAAUGUCCAAUUCAAUCUCACAACGAGCGCUUUCGAUUGCACUCAAAGAGAAGCUCAGAGAGAUUGCCCAACAAGAAUGUAUCACUUCAUCUAUCAGUCAACACAACGAGCCACAAGCUAUACAGAAAGCGGUCAAUAUCAGACUCUGGCGUCUCAUCCAACGCCGUCUUCGUGAUCCCUCUGCUGGGAAAAGACUCAAGUCCCUACAAAUCGCUGAUACAGCGUUGUCAAUGCGCGAGUCGGUUGGAGACGGUGAUGUUCUAUUGAACUUCGAACAGGAAGACGAACUUCAUCCUCACUGUCAGUCUGGGAAUCUCUCAGAGCUGGAUCUCGAAGAAAAUGAAGAAGACUUGCUCGAUGUCGAGUAUGAGAGCGAAUGGGAAGAUCUCUUCACAGACGUGAAGCGAGAUAACUCUCCGAUUGAUGAUGAUAUGCUUGAUAUGCUCGAGUCCACGCACGAUGGGCAGCGCGAUGAGUAUGAUCAGAUCACCGCUGCCUGUCUCGAGGAUGAAGGGUAUUCAGAUUUCGAAGACAUGCUUGAGCUAUAG